UUUGCAAAGGAAAAUGAUACGAAGGGACAGCUGCAAGUCAGCCACAACCUAGGUCUGAGGAGAUCAAGCAUUCACUUCACUUGGAAGAAAGAGAGAAGAAGGGAAGCCGAGGGCUUAGCAGGUCUCCAGGUAUCAGUGGACAGGCCAUGGCUCCACGGUCCCGGAAACGAAGGCACAAGAAACCCUCUUCACUGGUGACUCCCGUGGUUGUGACCCCACCCACAGUUGCGACCCCUGUGCCUAAGACUCUCUCAGAACCUGGCCCUAGCAUUGACGCACUUGGCUUCCUCUCCUUGGAGAGUAAUGUUCCUGGCCUAUCCCAACUAAUCCUUCAAAAGCUGAAUAUGAAAAGCUAUGAAGAAUACAAGUUGGUGGUGGAUGGGGGAUCUCCUGUGCCAGGCUUUGGAUUUCGAUGUCUUCAAGAAAUGUUCCAGAAGAUGGAGGACACAUUCCGAUUCUGUGCUCACUGUAGGGCACUCCCUAGUGGCCUUUCAGACUCCAGGGUCCUCCGGCAGUGCAAGAGGUGCAGAAAUGUCUAUUACUGCAGUCCAGAGUGCCAGAGGUCAGCUUGGCCAGCACACAGGAGGGUCUGUCAAGAGCUGCGUCUUGUAGCUGUGGACCGUCUCAUGGAAUGGCUUCUGGUUACAGGUGAUUUUGUCCUACCCUCAGGACCUUGGCCAUGCAUGGCUGAAGUUGUACAGGCCUGGGACACGUGGUUUUCUAUGCGGCAUUUACAGCUAGAUGCUACACUGGAUGCUGUGCUAGGUGGUCAUGCCAUGACCUCCCUGUGGACCAGUGUAGGAUGGCCAAGACCAGACCCAGAUAUCCUGGAGGGCUCUUUGAGGCGGCUACUGACAGAUGCCCUCUCAAGGCCCUUGACAGUGGGCCUUGGGCUUCGGUCCUUGAGGAUAGAUGUUGGGAAGAUUGGGGGAAGCACAGUGCAUGUGGUUGGUGCUUCCCAUGUAGAGACUUUCCUCACUCGCCCUGGGGACUAUAAUGAGCUUGGCUACAUGUUUCCUGGACACCUUGGCCUCCGUGUGAUCAUGGUGGGCAUAGACGUAGCUGCUGGCUUUUCCCGGAACACCUCAACUUCACCUCUAGAACCUGGCAUGGUUAAGCUUAGUGGCCAUAGGGGCCUCUAUCAUGACUUCUGGGAGGAGCAAGUAGAGACUGGACAGGUAGCCCAUCCAGAUUUGGUAGUGGCGUUCCAUCCAGGUUUCCAUGCUUCCCCAGACUUGAUGGAGUCUUGGCUGCCCACACUCCUGCUACUUCGUGAUUAUGAAAUCCCUACACUGAUUACUGUUUACAGCCAUCAGGAGUUGACAGCCACUUUGCAGAUUCUGGUGGACCUGGAUACACACAUCACUGCCUAUGGAGCUAACCCUUUCGCAUCCCUCAAACCUGAACAGGUCUAUUCCAACCCCAACAAGCAGCCAGUAUACUGCAAUGCCUACUAUAUCAUGUUUCUUGGAAGUUCCUUCCAGGUGGACAGAAGGCAAUUGGAAGAGAAAGUAGAUAGUAGGGUUUAAAUAGUUAAGCCAGAUCCUGACUGCUUGUCUAGAAAAUGGUGCCCAGUUGGCAACUUAGAACUCUGUAUAUCCUAAACCUCAUUUACUUGUCCAGGUAAACAUUCUAAGAUGAAUGGGAACUCCUGUAUGAUUUGACUCAUUUUUAAGACGUUGGCCACAAGUAGCUUCUAGAGACAGAAUUCUAGAUUUGGCAUGUGGUAUCAGCUUUUCCAGAGCCUUGAGGUCCGAACCGUUUCCUUUGUAAGAAACUUAUACCUUUUGACUGGAGUCAGAUGGCACUAAGCAAAAGAAUGGCACUCAAUUUUUCUGAAAGACUUGUUAUCCAGCAAUAUGGGCUAAAGAAUGGAAAAUGUUAAUGAGUUAAAGUGCUUCAAGAAUGGGCAAGUCAGAGAAUUGGUUGGGAACAUAGUGGAGGUUGUGAGGAUUGGCACACUAUUUUUUGGCCUUUUCAAGAUAUUCUCUAGGGGAAUAAUGACCCUAGAACACUUUUUUCCCUCAUGUUGUAUUAGAGAUAUUCCAGAGUAUAUCAGACUUUACUUGAAUAUACUGGAGUUUUUUGUUAUCACCUGGACUAUACACAAUAAACUCAAUUU